AUGGAGUUGUUCAUCGGACAGCUGCACCGGAUGGACUUGGCUGAUCCGAGCAUCGCCGAGGCGGUGGACAAAAAGGUGGCGGUCAACACCAUCCAUCGUGUCUGCGGGAACUUGAGCGUUUCGCGGAGCAUAGGCGACCCGGAUUUUAAGGGAUUCAGCCCCCACCCCGGCGAGGAGGGCCUGGGGGGAACCGAGGCGGGGGAGGCGGGGGAGGAGGACUCGAUAUUCGCCUUUCCCCCUGGUCAUUCGGGUGUCUUUCACGGGGACCUGGUGAUUGCGGACCCCGAGACCCGACAGAUCACCGUGAGUGAGGCCGAUGCGUUCCUGCUCGUGGCCUGCGAUGGGUUCUGGGACGUGGUGGAUGAGGAGGAGGCGGUGGCGCAGGCCACUGGCCUGCUAGCAGGCGGCUUGGGCGUGUCGGACGUGGCGGCACAGCUGGGAAAUUUGGCUCUGCGGUUGGGGAGCUCGGAUAAUGUGACUGUGGUGCUGGUCGUCUUUGAGCAUUGGGAGGAGGAGGGGGAGGAAGGGGCACAGGAGGAGCAACCGGGGCCGGGCGAGGCGAGAUAG